AUCUUCGCGCGGGCGGGAACAGGCGAGAAGGCAAAGGGAGCCCCAAUUUUUCCCGCGUUUCGUCGUCCCCAACCCAGCCACCCGACCCAGGCAGUGUCGCCGCCGCACUCACACCACCGGACACCGGUGCGCGCCCCUUUCCCGCCGCCUGAGCGCGAUGGCUCCGAGGGAUCUCGCCAUAGCCUCCCUCUCAGCCGCGGCCGGUGCCAUCGCUGCUGCAGCAGCGCUGCGCUUCCUAUCCUCUUGCAGGACAUCCUCCGCCAGGCCCCAGAAGCAGCCCCUCGCCGCCAACGGAUCCGCCGCAGAGCGCCCGCCGGCGCAGUCCCCUUUCGACCCAUCCAAGAGGGAAGGGUACAUCUCCUGGGACGACUACUUUAUGGCGAUCGCGUUCCUUUCGGCCGAGCGGUCCAAGGAUCCUAAUCGGCAGGUUGGAGCAUGCUUGGUUAGCCAAGAGGGAAUAAUCCUAGGGAUUGGCUACAACGGAUUCCCUAGAGGUUGUUCAGACGACAAACUUCCUUGGGCAAAGAAAUCUGCAAAUGGAGAUCCAUUGGAAACGAAAUUUCCCUAUGUUGUUCAUGCUGAAGUUAAUGCAAUUUUAAAUACAAACCAUGCUUCAGCAGCUGGACAGAAAUUGUAUGUCACCAUGUUCCCAUGCAAUGAAUGUGCUAAGAUUAUUAUUCAGUCAGGCGUAUCAGAAGUCAUCUAUUUCGUAGAGAAAAGGAUUGACAACUCAGCUCAUGUUUAUGUUGCUUCUCACAAGUUGUUAUCACUGGCUGGUGUCAAGGUCAGGAAGCAUCAACCUCAGAUGGCGCAAAUACCAAUCAAGUUCCAGGAGCCAUGAAGUUGUACUAGUGAAAGAAUGAUGCAAGAUAUCCGUUCAUCAUGGUACCGAUGACAAAUGACUCUGGCAGACUCUCAGCGUUCUCAGCUGGCACGCAGAGUCGGAAUCCCAUCCUCCAGGGAGGUGUUGUAAAAUCAUAACCUAGAAUUCGUACCGGUUACACAUAGGCAUUUCAAAUUCCCUUCCUGAUAUCAGAUAUAAUCUGUCCUAGGCACUAGGAAAUGUGCUUUUCUUUAUGUAACCUGUGGUUGCCCUAUGAUUAUAUCCUCUUCGUCGAUUCUAGUCGUUGCACAAUGACACAUAAGUCUUGGAAUAAAGUAGUAGCAGCACUGGCUUUUAGUUUCUUAAUAAUAUGUCUCA